CCCCGAAGAUCUGGGGGUUCUCCGCCCACCGGCCCUGGGGGGCAGCGGGAUCCCCGGGCGCCCCGGGACGCGAGAGUCGGCGCGCGCCUCCCGGCCUCUGCGGAGCGGCCGCCCGGGGACCCCGAGGGCGCACGGAGGCGGGGCGCUCGCGGGGUGCCGUCCCCGCUCGCCACGCUCGGGAUCGGCAGCACCCGGGGCGCCCCGCAGCGCCCCGCGGCUCUGGCCGGCCGGGAGACGCCCCCUGGCCCCCACCCCCGCGUGGCCGGGCCGGCUGGGGAGGAGGAGGCGGCGCCGCCGGGACUGUCUCCUCCCCGCCCCUCGCGUCUCCUCCCUGCGCCACCGGGAAGGACAAGGGGACCGGGCGCGGGGACCCCGGGCAGUGAGCGCCCGCGUCCCGGGGCCGCUCUCGCCGCACAUGGUGCUGGCCGCAGCCAUGAGCCAGGACGCCGAGCCCAGCGGCCCGGAGCAGGCGGACCGAGAUGCCCGCAGCGUGCCCGGUGCCCCCGCGCCCCCGGCGCCCCCGGGCCAACGAGGGAUGCAGCCGCAGCCGCCCGCAGCCGGCCUGCCCCAGAUCAUCCAAAAUGCCGCCAAGCUGCUGGACAAGAACCCCUUCUCGGUCAGUAACCCGAACCCUCUGCUCCCUUCGCCGGCCAGUCUCCAGCUGGCCCAGCUGCAAGCCCAGCUCACCCUCCACCGGCUGAAGUUGGCACAGACAGCUGUCACCAACAACACCGCAGCCGCCACGGUCCUGAACCAAGUCCUCUCCAAAGUGGCCAUGUCCCAGCCUCUCUUCAACCAGCUGAGGCAUCCGUCCGUGAUCAGUGCCCCUCCCAGCCAUACGGGGGUGCCCCAACAUGCUGCAACUAUGCCCAGUGCCCGCUUCCCCGCAAAUACAAUUGCCUUCUCAUCCCCGGGCCAGACCCGUGGCCCGGGCCCCGCUGUGAGCCUUCCCAGCCAGCCCCCCGGUGCCGUGGUGAUGCAUCCUUUCAGUGGGGUCGUGCCUCCCACUCCCACCCAGCCUGCAGUCCUCUUGGGCAUCGGCAAGACUGGGGCUGCACCAGCGGCCGCGGGUUUCUACGACUAUGGCAAAGCCAACCUGGGUCAGGCAUAUGGCUCGGAGACAGACGGGCAGCCCAGCUUCCUGCCUGCCCCGGCCUCUGCCUCGGGCAGCGUCACCUACGAAGGGCACUAUGGCCACUCGGGACAAGACGGCCAAGCUGCCUUUGCCAAGGACUUCUACGGGCCCACCUCCCAAGGGGGGUCACACGUGGUGGGCACGUUUGCCACUGAGCAGGCAGGAGGCCUGAAAGGCGAGGUGGGGUCACUGCUGCCGGGCGCCAGUGGCCAGUGGGAGAGUGCCCAUGGGUUCUCCGGCCAGAGCAAGCCGGAUCUCCUCGCAGGCCCCAGCCUAUGGCCCCCAGCCCCCAGCCAGCCCUAUGAGCUCUAUGACCCUGAGGAGCCCACCCCCGACAGGACCCCGCCUUCUUUUGGGGGCCGGCUGAACAAUAGCAAGGCGGGCUUUGGUGGGGGCCGGCCACGGGCCAAGGAGGACCAGGUCAUGCUGCCCGUGAGGCCCCUGCAGGCGCAUGAGCUCAAUGACUUCCACGGCGUGGCCCCCCUCCACCUGCCGCACGUCUGUAGCAUCUGCGACAAGAAGGUGUUUGACCUGAAGGACUGGGAGCUGCACGUGAAAGGAAAACUCCAUGCGCAGAAAUGCCUGGCCUUCUCAGAAAAUGCUGGUGUCCGCUGUUUGCUUGGCUCCGCUGAGGGACCGCUGUGCACCUCUCCCAACAGCGUGGCUGUGUAUAACCCAGCAGGGAAUGAGGAAUAUACCUCAAAUCUGGGGACCUCUUAUGUGGCAAUUCCAGCCAGGCCGUUUGCUCAGCCCAAUCCUGCAUUGCCGUCAGCUUCCCCAGGGACAAAUUUUGCACAGCGGAAAACAGGUGCUGGCCGCGUGGUUCAUAUCUGCAAUCUCCCUGAAGGAAGUUGCACUGAGAAUGACGUCAUCAACCUGGGACUGCCCUUUGGAAAGGUCACUAAUUACAUCCUUAUGAAAUCUACUAAUCAGGCCUUUUUAGAGAUGGCUUACACAGAAGCUGCCCAGGCCAUGGUCCAGUACUACCACGAAAAAUCUGCUAUGAUCAAUGGUGAGAAGUUACUCAUUCGGAUGUCCAAGAGAUACAAGGAAUUGCAGCUAAAGAAACCUGGGAAGAACGUGGCUGCCAUCAUCCAGGACAUCCAUUCCCAGAGGGAGAGGGAUAUGUUCCGGGAAGCAGACAGGUACGGCCCGGAACGGCCUCGGUCUCGUAGUCCCGUGGGCCGCACCCUUUCCCCGCGCUCCCAUACUCCAAGCUUCGCCUCCUGCAGUUCCUCACACAGCCCACCCGGGCCCUCUCGGACUGACUGGGGCAACAGCCGGGACUCGUGGGAACACUCUCCCUUCGCCAGGAGGGAGGAAGAGCGAGACCCAGGGCCCUGGCGGGAGAACGGGGAGGACAAGAGGGACAGGACCGACGCGUGGGCCCAUGAUCGCAAGCACUACUUAGGGCCCCGGCCGCUGGACAAAGCCGAGCUGGACGAGCGGCUGGAGGCCAGCAGGGGCCACCGAGAAAAGCACCCAAGGUCCGGGUCGCCCGGGCCCCUGCACUCGGCAUCACUGGGCUACAAAGGCCGGGAAGACGGCUACUACCGGAAAGAGCCCAAAGGCAAAUCGGACAAGUAUCUCAAGCCGCAGGAUGUCCCCGGGAGGUCCAGGCGGAAGGAUGAAGCCCGGCCGCGGGAGAGCAGGCAGCCCCACUCCGAGGAUGCCUGCAAGGAGGAUGGGCUGGAAGCCAAGGGCGGCCGGGCCCCCGAGGUCGCCAGGUGUAAGCAGAAUGAGAAGAACAGAGCCAAGAGACCCGACAGAGACCAAGAAGGAGCUGAUGAGAGAAAGGAAAGCCGUGUGAACAGGAGAGAGGCUGGAAAAGAGGAGGAGGAAGGCGAGGAAGGCAAGGAAGAAGAGUCCCCAUCAUUGGCCAGGAGGGAAAAAGAAGCUGAGACCUCUGACACAGAAAACACAGGCACACAGAAGGAUCCAGCCUGGGAGAGCGAAAGUGAAGCAGAGGGGGAGAGCUGGUACCCCACGAACAUGGAGGAGCUGGUCACCGUGGAUGAGGUGGGGGAAGAAGAAGAUUUUAUCAUGGAACCCGACAUCCCAGAGCUGGAUGAGAUUGUGCCCAUUGACCAGAGGGACAAACUCUGCCCAGAAAUGUGUCCCUGUGUGACGGCCUUAGACCUGGAUUUAGCCAAGGAUUCCACCCAGGAGAGGGUCAAGACCCUAGGGAACGGGGCUGCAGAAAUCACCCGCAAGUCAUCCAGAGAGCUGCCUCCUGCUUCCACGAGCCAUCCCGGUGACAUGGACGUGGAAAUGCCUGGCCUAAAUCUGGACGCUGAGCGGAAGCCAGCUGAAUGUGAGACAGGCCUCUCACUGGAGGGUUCAGAUUGCUACGAGAAGCGGGCAAAGGGAGCGGAGAGCUCAGAUGCUCGUCCGGCCCCUGCAGUCCAGCAAAUGUCUUCCCCCAAGCCCGCCGAGGAGAGGGCCCGGCAGCCUAGCCCACUUCUCGAUGACCACAAGGCCAGGGCGAGCCCCGAAGAUGGGGUUUGUGAAGGCAGCCCCUUGGAGGAGAAAGCCAGCCCCCGCACCGAUACCGACCUCCAAAGCCAGGCUUGCCAAGAAGUGUUGAGCCCGGAAAGCUCCAGGUUCGGGGAAAUGAAAUCUCUGGACGUGAGGUCACCAGAAUACACUGAAGUGGAGCUGAAACAGCCCCUUGCUCUGCCCUCCUGGGAGCCCGAGGAUGUGUUCAGCGAACUUAGCAUUCCUCUGGGGGUGGAGUUCGUGGUGCCCCGAACUGGCUUUUACUGCAAGCUGUGCGGACUGUUCUAUACCAGCGAGGAGAUGGCCAAGAUGAGCCACUGCCGGAGCGCCAUCCACUACAGGAACCUACAGAAGUACCUGUCCCAGCUGGCUGAGGAAGGCCUGAAGGAGACGGAGGGGGCCGGAAGCCCACGGCCUGAAGACAGCGGGAUCGUGCCGCACUUUGAGAGGAAAAAACCGUGACUGGUCUCUGCUGCUGCUGCUGCUGCCGCCGCAGGAAGAGGAGGGCCUGCGAGGGGGCCGUCGGGGUGGGGGUCUCCCGGGGCCCAUCCCAGCCUCGGCGGGCAAACCAGGCAGACCCCGCUGCCUGGGUCUGUUCUGAGACUCAUGCCAACCCCUGAAGCGUCCCCGUGCCCUGCCUGGUGUGUCCACCCACAAGUGUCCACUCUGCCCGUGGAUGCGGUUCCCUUCACACAGCCCUCCUGUUGGCUUUUCCCCACCCGGCUUCCCUCUCCCGCCCUCUCAGUGCCAAGGGUCAUUUCCUUUUCAUCAAAUCCAACUUCUCAGGGAUUUUUAUGUUUAAAUUCUUGACGGGAGAUGACAAGUCAGAGCAAGCUAAGACCUCCUAGGGAAGGGUUUCAGGGAACGCCUGGGUGGAAAGCCACAUCAAUAGACCGGGGACGUUUCCCUGCCUAACAUUCUGAUUAGGGGUGUCCGGGAGGAGGGGGAGAGCCCAUGGGGUCUUGCUAAUCCUAGGGAAGGGACAACUCUCUGCCAUCAGCAGGGAGUUCCUCAGCUGGACCCUCCUUUCAAAAAGGCCCCCCCUUUUUUUUUGAACAACUGCUUUAUCCUCUCCAUUAUUUUAGAAGUCUGACAGAUUCAUGCCUUAAAAUAAAACUCGAUGAAUUUCACAGAGGAGGAAAAGAGCACUUCAUUUGGGAAGCUCUCCUAAGUUCGCUCUAAACUUACUUUCCCCUCUCGCGAUCCUGGGUUGGUUCAAUUCUGGAUGGUAGAUUUGGAAUAGAUGAAACAGAAAUGUCUUUCCCUCCCACUAAAACAGGCGCCUCAGCCAAAUGCCGGUUCCCUGACCCUGCGUGACCUUGGCCCAGUAGGGGAAGAGGAAACUGGUCUGGCCUUGCCUUACCCUCGAGGUCUGCACUCUGGGUCCCAGCCGCCUGCCUGUGGGAGGGUUUGGCUCUGGUGCCUUGGUGCCAGGACCAGCUCAGAGGAGGCUGCUGGGCCCGAAUGGCCUUUGAGGAUGGCCGGCUGUUUGCAGGUGGACACUUUCCAAUUCGGCAGAAGGCCAAGGGCGUCUCACAGUUGACCUUAUGGGUAGACUUUGAUGUCAGAGUGUUAAGAAAAACAG